GUGGAAUUGCAUUGAACGACGUGAUGAUGGUUGGCCCUACAAUUCAACCUGAUUUGCUGACGAUCAUUUUGAAAUUUCGUAUGUAUCGGUAUGUGCUAAGCGCUGACAUCGCUAAGAUGUAUCGGCAAGUGUUGAAGGACAAGUGUCAUACUCCGCUACAACGCAUUUUCUACAGGAAGAAGCCCAACGAGCCACUGCGCGUCUUGGAGCUUCAAACUGUGACGUACGGUACAGCUGCAGCACCAUUUCAGGCCAUUCGUGCGCUGUAUCAACUGGCAAUCGGCGAGGAAGCAGAAUAUCCUUUGGCAGCGGAGUUGGUGAAGAAGAUGUUCUACGUGGACAACGUACUUUUUGGUGGAAACAAUUUGGUAGAAGUGAGAGGCCUCCAACGAGAGUUGAUUUCGCUACUGCAACGCGGAGGUUUUCAUCUACACAAGUGGGCUGCAAACGAUGAACAACUCCUGGACUCUAUUCCUGAGGAGGAUCGAGAUAAACUGGUGAAGAUUGAAGACUCUAGUGCCAAUGAGACCCUUGGGCUUAUGUGGGAUCCGGUCGGAGAUGAUUUUCUGUUCCGGGCACAAUCUGACUUCAACAAUCCAGCACCGACAAAACGGCAAGUUCUGUCAGUUAUAGCAAGGCUUUUCGAUCCCCUCGGCCUGUUGUCACCAGUAAUCGUUCUCGCAAAGGUUUUGAUGCAGAAGCUGUGGAAGAACAAGAUGGAUUGGGACGAUCGGCUGGAUGAAGAGCUACUCGACGACUGGAGAUAUUUUUUGAACGCGCUGCCAUUUGCAGAGGACUUCCGAGUUUCUCGGCGGGUAAUUUCGGAGGAAGCGGCAAGGAUUGAAAUCCAUGGAUUUGCAGACGCGUCAAAUACAGCCUACGGAGCAUGCGUGUACCUUCGGUCGGUACAUUCCGAUGGUACUGCGAGUUCGAGCUUAGUUACAAGCAAGUCAAAAGUCUGUUCCAUAACGCCUAUGUCCAUCCCGCGCAAGGAGCUGAUGGCAGCUCUACUCCUGCAUCGUUUGGUUAAGAAAGUGGUUGACGCAAUGGAGUUGGAACACGUUCCAGUUACUCUCUGGUCCGACAGCCAGGUGGUCAUUGCGUGGCUAAACAAGCCGUUGGACUGCCUGCAAGUAUUCGUGAGGAAUCGUGUAGCCGAGAUUACAAGCGAAAGUGAACAUGUUUGGAAGUACGUUCGCUCUGCAGACAACCCAGCAGAUAUUGUAUCGCGUGGCAUGCCAGCGAAAGCGCUCGCGACUAGCAACCUAUGGUGGAAUGGACCGUUUUUCCUGUGCAGUGCAGCAUACGACGAAGUGGUUCCUGCAGCUCUGGAAGAUGGAGAGAUUCCGGAACUGAAGCCGGCAGUAUCUGUCAACGUAGCAAUCGUAUACGAGGAGCUUCCGAUAUUGACAAAGUUUGAGUCAUUUCGGAAGACACAAAGGAUUAUCGCCUACGUCUUAAGGUUCAUCAACAACUGCCGUAAGAUUGGUGAACGAAGCACUGCAACGACGCCCACGAUUUCUGAACUGAAGGAGGCAAACAAGCGGAUCAUCCAAGCGAUCCAGAGGAGCGAACUUCAGGAUGAAAUCGAUCGCCUGCAAGCGGGGGAGCCAUGCAAGAGAAUCGGCAACCUGAAUCCUUUCUUGGACGAUGGAUUACUACGAGUUGGAGGUAGAAUUCGUCACAGCAAACUAGCAUACGAGGUAAAGCAUCAAUGGAUCGUUCCGGACAAGCACCCCGUAACGAGAAGACUCAUCGCAGCGGUACAUAGAGAAAACCUGCAUGCUGGUCCGAGUAGCGUGAUCACAGCCCUAAGAGAGCGCUACUGGAUACUGAACGCCAGAUCGACGGUACGAAAGGUGACGAGAAGUUGCAUCACUUGCUUCAAAUCAAGCCCGAAGCUUGCUGAGCAGUUCAUGGGAGACUUGCCGUCGUAUCGCAUCACCGUUGCACCUACGUUUUUGAAAGUUGGAGUAGACUUCGCUGGACCUAUCUACAUAAAGCAAACCGCCAGGAAAGCAGCUCCAGUGAAAGGCUACAUAUGCGUAUUUGUCUGUAUGGUUUCGAAGGCAAUGCACUUGGAAGUGGUGGAGAACCUAUCCACUAGUGUGGGACAAAUCUCAAAUCCUCGCUCCAGUUGACUUUUCUGAUUCCACUUUGGUCCCAUAUGAACUGUACAAAAUUUCAGCGCAAUUGGUGAAACUAUAAUUUAGCGCAAGCGGUUCAAAGUUUUCAUAGGAUUUACUAUGGGAAAACUUACACUUUCAGAUAAAAAAUUCCAGAAGUCCUCCCUUGUGUCCUUAAUUCAAAUCGAUCAACGUUUCUUGUAGGGAAAUCAUUUAUGAAACUUUCCUUCGAAGACCGCAAAACAAUCAGAUGCAUGUGGAAAAAGUUAUUGAUUUAUUACUGAAUAAUGAUCCAACGAACGGCUUUUUGUUUUGUUUUAUUAGCAGCACUGUAGCUGCUGCCUUGGCUGCUGCUGCUUCGGGGGGUGGUGAUGCCUCCCGCCACCCCAUGCAACAACGGCAGCAGCAGUGCUGCUGAUAAGACAAAACAAAAAGCCGUUCGCUGGAUCACUAAUCGGUAAUAAAUCAAUAACUUUUUCCACAAAUAUCCAAUCGUUUUGCGGUCUUCGAAGGAAAGUUUCAUAAAUGUUUUUUCUACAAGAAACAUUGAUCGAUUUGAAUUAAGGAGAUAAAGGGCGACCUCUGGGAUUUUUUGUUUGAAAGUGUAACUUUUCCCAUAGUAAAUCCUAUGCAAACUUUGAACCGCUUGCGCUAAAUUAUAGUUUCACCAAUUGCGCCGAAAUUUUGUACAGUUCAUAUGGGACCUAAGUGGAAUCAGAAAAGUCGACUGGAGCGAGAUUUUAUUUUUUCCAUAUAAGCGUGUCCCAUACUACUAUCCACUGAAGCGUUUUUGGCAGCACUACAAAGAUUCGUAUCCAGAAGAGGAGUACCCGAGGAAGUGUAUAGCGACAACGGAACGAAUUUCAUCGGCGCGCGAUCAGAGCUUCGUGAGUUGUACGAGCUCUUCAAGUCCGACCUAACCAACGGUAAGCUAUCACAGUUCUGUCAAGUCAAGGAGAUUAAGUGGACCA